CGCAGACCGUCGGGCGAUAAGAGCGACACACCGGUCGGUUAUUGGGUUUACACGCGAACUCGCACGCAUACUCACACACACACACACACGCGAACGUAUUGCACACGCGGAGAGUCGAUCUUUCGCCACUGCUCGCGCGUCACGUGGUCGGUGCGCUCAAACGACGACCCACCUAUAUUAUAUAUUCCCGCGACAAUAGGUACCUAUAUAAUCUCAGACAAUAUUUUUUUAAUACAUCGUCAUUAAGAUGUUACCGCUUAUCCAGAAGUGUACGAUAAUGGGUUAUGGAUAACAUAUAAUAUUAUUAGUGUAUACCUACCUACAACAGUCACGACAUACUUCGAUAAAAAGAGAAAACUGUAGGUAUAUAAAAACGACGAUAAUAAAUCGCACUUGUUCUUGUCCCAGAAGCGGUCUGUAUCUAUACAUAUUUAUACAGGUUAUCACCUGGUUCUCCGCCAACCUAUAACCGUUUGAUAUUGGAAUAACGCGUCGUCGCGUGCGACUGCAUUGCCGCAAAUGGUAUGAUGACCAUGAUGUAUGGAUCGGAAAAAAUGAUGGCCGGCAAACCGCCGUUGCCCAUCACAGCCACCGGACCAUGUUUUCCCGGCCGGUAUUCGCCGACGUACCGAAAUUCUGCGGACCCGAUGCGCAGAUGUAUGGCCAACCCGUCGGGUGACUUAUUUGGUGGUCUCAAUGACGGUCUACUCAGUAGAGCUGAAGUGCUUGCUGCUGUGGACAUGGGAAAGCACCACCAUCAUCACAAUCAUCAAUCCCCGGGAUCUGGUAAUGGCAACGGUGGAGGCCAAGGCAAUGGAUCUUUGGGGCCUGGAUCCACUGGAUCGCCUGGACCGCUCUCUCAGCUCAAGCACGACGUUAUGUCGUCAUACCACCACCAUCAUGGAAUGUCGGGUGGACACUCAGGUAGCCAAUCAAACCAUCGAGGUCACCAGAUGCACCCGGGUAUGGAAGGCCUUGACCUCCUAGAGCCCAUAUCAUCAUCGACCAUGACCACGCUGACGCCGAUGUCGGACGGGUCCGGUCACGGUCCGCUCCACCCCGGCGUCUAUGGUGCAGGCAUGAUGAGCGGCCACCAUCACCACCACUCGCACUCGGGUGCCGGCCCGAACGGCCACCCGCAUCACCAUCAUCACCACCAUCAUCAUCACGCGGCAGCGGCGGCCGCUGCGGCGGCCGCGGCUGCUGGUAUGAUCGGCGCCGGUGGCGGUGCAGGGCUCCAGCACCCCGACACCGACACGGACCCCCGCGAGUUGGAGGCGUUCGCCGAACGGUUUAAGCAGCGGCGGAUCAAGCUGGGCGUAACGCAAGCGGACGUCGGAAAGGCGCUAGCCAACCUAAAGCUGCCGGGCGUCGGCGCGCUAUCUCAGAGCACCAUAUGUCGAUUUGAGUCGCUGACGCUGUCACACAACAACAUGAUCGCCCUCAAGCCCAUCCUUCAGGCGUGGCUGGAGGAGGCGGAGGCGCAGGCCAAGAACAAGCGCCGCGACCCGGACGCGCCGAGCGUGCUGCCGGCCGGCGAGAAAAAGCGAAAGCGAACGUCGAUCGCGGCGCCCGAGAAACGGUCGCUGGAAGCGUACUUCGCCGUGCAACCGCGGCCUUCGGGCGAGAAGAUCGCGGCCAUUGCGGAAAAGCUCGACCUGAAAAAGAACGUGGUCAGAGUGUGGUUCUGCAAUCAGAGGCAAAAGCAAAAGCGCAUGAAGUUUGCGGCCCAACACUGAUGACGGGAUCACGCGCCGCCAUCCGUCACCACUUGAAUCCCUUCCUAAGACACGUGCUCAUUUUAGUUGCAUUAACCGGAAAUAAUCAUUUCUAUAUAACAAUAAUAUGCAUUAUUAUUAUUAUAAUAACAUUAAUUAUUAUUCGUCUAUAUAAAACCAUAGUUCUGUAUAUAUUGUAUAUAAUAUAGGAUUGGGCGACCAACUUGUCAAACAAAUGUUUCUCUCUCUCUCUCUCAUUCUUUCUCUCUUUAUCUGUGAAAGUUUCAGACGAUUUCAGUUCAUCUUUUUUUUCUCUCUAUUUUGUGCGUUUUAUUUUACGAAACGUCCAUGGUAGCUUCAUAUUAUAAUAUAUCAUUAUUGUAUUAGUAAAUCUAAUGUACAAAUUUUAAUCAGCUUCUCGUGUACGAUAUCAAGUGCCACUUAUUAUAAUAACAUGUUCCUAAAAACACAAUAAUCCAUACGAGUGUGAUUAUGCGACUUAUAGUUAUUUAUACGUCGUAUUUAUGAUAAAUUUAAAGCCAAAAUCUCAGUUUCAGAUGCACACGCAGGUAUUUUCUAACCAUCGUUAUUUUAUAAAAAUUAAAUAUUUAACGCAUUCCUACCUAUGUACCCUAUGUACCUCUCCAGUAGAAUAUCUUUUUAAUUAUAAUUUUUAAAAUAAAUUAUUGUAUAGAUGAAAUUAGAUCGGCGACAACAGUUAUCCUAACCUAUCCAGAGGAAAUUAAUAUAUAUAUUAUAAAUGCUUAUUCGUAUUAUAGGUAGAUACAUAAACAUAGGUACUACAUAAUAUACCUACAACGCAUAUCAAUUACCUUGUUAUUUUACAUAUAAAAUACGCCAAAUGAUGUUUAUUGAAACACAUUCCAUAAUAUUCCAUAAUAGUUUACGCCAAAUAGUGUAACUUCUAAAGAAAUAAAAUAAAUACAAAUUAAUAUUGUUGAAAUAAAUUUCCACUAGUAACUUCGAUACUUUAAAGUUAGUUACUAUACAUUAAUUAAAUUAAAUUUACACCAAGCAUUUCUUAAGCGAAUAAAAUAAAAAUGUAUUGUGCAAAUCUAUAUAACUUUUAAGUUAAUAUUAUUAUCUAAAAUAUGAAUUAUAUUUUAAGAUCUAUAUUUUAGCAAACUUUCGAUUAAUUUAACAGAAUAAUGAUAAAACAUAAUAUAUGUAAAUUGCUUUCAAAAUAUAUAAUACAAUUAAUUUAAAAUUAUGUCCAUUUAACAAUUUUUAGUGUCACAAGUAGGUAGGUACGUAAAAUAUGAUCACCCGUUAUAUCGUUGUAAAACUGCUAUACGAAUUCCUCAUUUACUGGCUUUAUGUUUUGAGUUAAAACAACCAAUAAAAAUAAUUUUUAGGAAUAAUAUCUAUUACAUACAUAUUAAGUUUUUUAAAACUUGUUUUCAACAAAUUUUUAAAAAUACAUUUUUAUCAUUUCAGUAUUAAAUACAUGGUUAUCUUGAAAAUACCAUUUUUGACGGUACAGUUAAGGUUCUCCUUAAUAUUGUGUUUCUCUACUUUUCCCAACUUAAGUUGUUAUAGUAACAAAGUAUAAAAAAUCGACGAAAUGUUUCUGUUAGACCAACAAAAACAAAAACGCGCUGACAUUAUCUCAAUUAAAAAGAAUAUUCUUUAUUAAAAAAAAAAAUUAUAAUAUAACAACAAUAUAAAAUAUUUGGCGUCAAUGACCUAUUAUAUUAUACAUAUUCAUCUACCUAUUAAUAAGACGGAAAUCAUUUUAUUUAAGCUUUGAAGGUAUAAAGAUAUUGAUACUAAGGUAUUUAGCCACACCGUAAAUUUAAUUUUACAACAGAAAUAUUUUUCAUUAUUUUGACUAGGUAUGUAUGGUAAUGGUUUUUUUUUUUAUUAUUGAAGUUAUUUUAUUUUUUUAAACAGUUAAUCGCACUCAAAGCUAUUUGUAUAAAAUACAAAUCCCUAACAAUAUUAUUAAAUGCGCUGUUAAGUGUUCAGAGUUAUUUUAUUUCCCAUAUUUUAAGUGUAUGUGUACCUACCUAUUAAAUUAUUUUUAAAUUACAAGAUAUCAACUAAAUGAAUUUCGCAAUGCGAAUGUUGCACAUUGUUUAUUUUAAUAGUUAAUAGUUAAUGUUUGAGUUUAUUUAAUCAAACUUACGAAAAAUAUUGCCAGCGUACUUGCCUACUUAAUGGACACAUUACAAUCAUCAACAUUACGCGGAGACAUCAUAUUGUAUACAUUUUCAUUUGAUUUUAAUCACACAACGCUAUUAACAAAUUUCAUGUACAGAUGACGUUUAAUUAAUAAAUUAUUGUCUCAUUGCGCUUACGUGAAAAUUAUUUUAUUGUAAAUACUGCUGUCGGGGCAUCAAAAUUGUACAUACAUUGGAUCAAUAUAGUUAUCUAUAUUAGGUAUAUAAUAUAUUAUGUAAAUAAAUUAUUGACAUUCGUAAUUUUCGUCGAAACCGUGUUCUUCUCUGCAGUGUAAUAACUAAUAAGAGAAUGGAAAUGUGCAAUAUAAUUUUUAAUAACUAUUCAUCUAUAGGUUUUUUUUAAAUUUUAACUGUAUUCUUUAGUUUUUUUUUUAUUUAUGUAUAGGUAAAUAUAAACAAAAAAAAUAUAUUUAAAAUAAAUCUGUAACUUUCAGAAAAUAUUAUUUUACUUGUUACAUUCACUGCAUUAAAAGAUUGAUGUCCAAUUAAAAUUAAAUUUAUUAAUAGACUUCCCGUUUUUGUAACGGUCUUAUUCUCCCCGUCCCUAUGGAAAAACUGUUGAAAUCAUUUGUCAAAACAAGCACUAACAUGACUCGGCAGUUUCUUUCUCCGAGAACCCUAACACUUUAUCAGAAAAUGUUAUUAACUAGUGAAAUUUUGACAUUUACAAUAUUAUUGUGUUAUAUAUUAUAACGUAAUAAAACAACAUAUUUUUGUUAUUAUAUCAAUGUUGUAAUCAACAACUCCUCUGUAUAGAUAAUAACGUAUUUUAAUCCAAAAUUGUUAAUCCGGACUCGGAGAUGUAUUUUUUUUCUUUAUUUAGACUAUUGUAAUGUUAGGCAAUAUGUACAGUUGUAGUUUUGUAAAAAUAGAUAUUGUAAAAUAGAAUAAGAUGACUUGUAUCCUUUUAGUUGUAGAUGAAAAAAUAAAAUAUAAUAUAAAGUAAAACAUUU